AUGAAAAGUGGUAAAGCUCCUGGUAUGGACGGUAUAUCAGCUGACAUUAUCAAGGCUGGUGGUCGUGCUCUGGCUAUUAGACUUCAUGCUUUAUUUGUCGAAAUAUGGGAAAAAGAAGAACCAAUAGAUGACUGGUCAACAGCAAUAAUUAUUCGUCUUUUCAAAAACAAAGGGGAUAAACGAGAUUGUGGAAACUAUCGUGGUAUUUCGCUAUUACCAGUAGUAAGCAAAAUAUUCUCUCGUAUCAUCUUGAAUCGUUUACAAGCUUAUUUGGGGAAACAAAUUAUGGAACAACAAGCUGGAUUUCAAUAUACAGAAAGCCUAUGA